AUGGGAAGUGCACCUGCUCAAAUUCCUGGAAACUUUGGACAUGAGUUGAGGGCUUGUCUUCGUUGCCGCCUUGUCAAAACCUACGAUCAGUUUAGAGAGUCAGGUUGUGAGAACUGCCCAUUUUUACAAAUGGAAGAAGAUCACGAGCGUGCGGUUGAGUGCACUACCCCCAAUUUUAAUGGGAUCAUUUCAGUAAUGGAUCCAACUCGAAGUUGGGCUGCCCGUUGGCUGCGUAUUGGAAGAUUUGUUCCUGGUGUUUACACUCUUGCUGUCUCAGAAGCUCUUUCAGAAGAGAUGCAGGCUAUUUGUGCGGAUAAGCAUGUGCAAUAUAUGCCUCCCAAACGUUAG